GCAAAACGUCAGCACCAAAACAGAGUCCAAAGUGUCGCUUCGGUCACAGCCACCACUUUCUCAAACUCUGUUCCUCGCAUUCACUGAAACUUGCCUCAUCAUGUUUUCCCCUUUUAUUGCCAUCCGUGCUUGCUUCAAGCGCCAUCCCUCUCACAUCGUCGUUUCGUCCUUCUCUCUCACCGCUUCGCCACCUUCGAACGCGAUGGCCAAAACCGUGAAUUCUACCACUGAGUCUUCACCAGCGGAACAAUUGCCAACUGUUUCAAAGUCUAAUGCUCACAAAAACCCUGUUAUGGCAGGUGGACUAUUAUCAGAUACUUCUCAUGACGAUGAUGAAUAUCUUUUGUUUGGCACUAUCCGUUCAACCCUGCGCAAUAAUAAUAUGGUGAAUUAUUCACACUCUGUGUCAACUAGUUCCACAUCAUCUACUAACAAACUCCCUGGGUUACCUUCACCAACUACUACUGGUUUUGAACAUGGAAAAUUCAAGAAAAUAGCUAAAGUUGACCAAGAAUUGACCCAGGCCAGUGGAGAUAACUGUCGUAAACCUAGUUGUUGUUCCAGUUUUGAAAACACUAGUUUAACUAACUUAACAAAGCACGGAGAUGAAUCACCCCUAGGGAGUCAUUCUUGGAAGAAGAAAGCUGCAUCUGUCAAUAGACCAUAUAAUAGCCAUUGUAAUUCAAGCUAUGCAGCAGCUGGUCACAAGUUAUAUUCAUCAAUUAGUAUGCCAAAGUUCCAACCAUAUGAUAUCUGCUUUCGUAGAAGAAGAAAUUCUGCCGUAAUAGAAGCUUCAGUGCAGGGAGAGAACAAGGAAAGUUACAUUGAGAUGGAUGAUGGAGGGACCAAAGAGGGGAUACUGAGGCCAGGGAUGGUUCUCUUGAAACAUUACUUAACACAUGAUGAGCAGGUGGAAAUAGUGAAAACUUGUCGUGAGCUGGGUCUGGGUCCUGGAGGAUUCUAUCAACCAGGUUAUGCAACUGGAGCCAAACUUCGAUUGAAGAUGAUGUGUCUUGGUAUGGACUGGGAUCCUCAAACCAGAAAAUAUGGAAAUAAACGUGUAAUUGAUGGUACCGAACCACCUAGUAUUCCCAAUCACUUCAGUGAGCUGGUUAUAAGAGCAAUCCAAGAUGCACAUUCUCUAAUUAAGGAGGAAUAUAGACUAUGGAAUGGGGAGGACAUACUUCCUUCAAUGACUCCUGAUAUAUGCAUUGUCAAUUCUUACACAACCAGGGGAAAUCUUGGUCUUCAUCAGGAUCGCGAUGAAAGCAGAGAAAGUCUCCGAAAAGGGUUGCCGGUUGUGUCCUUCUCCAUUGGUGACACUGCAGAAUUUCUUUAUGGGGAUCAAAGGAAUGUUGAGGAGGCAGAGAAGGUACUUCUAGAAUCAGGAGAUGUGUUGAUAUUUGGUGGCGAAUCUAGACUUGUCUUCCAUGGUGUGUCAUCAGUGUUACCAAAUUCAGCACCAAAGGACUUGCUUGAAGAUACUUGGCUUCGUCCUGGCCGUCUUAAUCUUACAUUCAGACACUCUUAGUGCCUCCUCAUUUAGACCAUGAGAAAAAUGCUAUUGUUCUUGUUGUCAUGCUUUUUAUAAUUUUAAUAUAAAUAAUUCUAAAUUCUCCUACUCUUUAUUCCUACAUAUCCUUCUAAUUACUAAAUGAACCUACUCCUAAUGUAUUUUAUACUUUCAAUGCAAUAAUAAAUAAUUUUUAGU